UGGUGGGUGUCGGCGACCGGGUGUAGCGAUUGGUGGUUUGGAAGCAGAGGGCCGGCGGCAGAGCUGGCGCACGAGCAAGAGGAGGGGGCGGCCAACUUCCCGGGAGAAGGGGCUCUUUCCACGCCGGAACUGGCUAGCAAGCCGCAGCCGCCGCCGCCGCCGCCGCCAAGGGCUCGACUCAGGGCAGCUGCUGUCUUCGCUCGCGGCGCUCGGAAAGUUGGGUCGGACCUGAACCCCUAACAGCAAAACCGCCUCCCGCCCUCACGCCCUCCCGGAGCUGAGUCGCCGGAGGCGGCGGCGGACCGGCCGGGGGUUUCUUCCCGCACUGGAUGGAGCUGAACUUCAGGCUACCAGGGAAUCGCGGCCAUCCGGAGAUCGCUGCAUGCUGAGCUCCUUUCGGAGAGACCCAGCGGCGGCUCGGGAUUUUUUUGGGGGGGGGCGGGGACCAGCCGCGCGCCGGCACCAUGCUCCUGGCCACCCUGUACUUCGCGCUGCCGCUCCUGGACUUGCUCCUGUCCGCUGAGGUGAGCGGCGGGGACCGCCUGGACUGUGUGAAAGCCAGCGAUCAGUGCCUGAAGGAGCAGAGCUGCAGCACCAAAUACCGCACGCUGAGGCAGUGCGUGGCGGGCAAGGAGACCAACUUCAGCCUGGCAUCGGGCCUCGAGGCCAAGGACGAGUGCCGCAGCGCCAUGGAAGCCUUGAAGCAGAAGUCGCUCUACAACUGCCGCUGCAAGCGGGGCAUGAAAAAGGAGAAGAACUGCCUGCGCAUCUACUGGAGCAUGUACCAGAGCCUGCAGGGAAAUGAUCUGCUGGAAGAUUCCCCCUAUGAACCAGUUAACAGCAGAUUGUCAGAUAUAUUCCGGGUGGUCCCGUUUAUAUCAGAUGUUUUUCAGCAAGUGGAGCACAUUCCCAAAGGGAACAACUGCCUGGAUGCAGCCAAGGCCUGCAACCUCGAUGACACCUGCAAGAAGUACAGGUCUGCAUACAUCACCCCAUGCACCACCAGCAUGUCCAACGAUGUCUGCAACCGCCGCAAGUGCCACAAGGCCCUCCGCCAGUUCUUCGACAAGGUCCCAGCCAAGCACAGCUACGGAAUGCUCUUCUGCUCCUGCCGGGAUAUUGCCUGCACAGAGCGGCGGCGACAGACCAUCGUGCCUGUGUGCUCCUAUGAAGAGCGGGAGAAGCCUAACUGCUUGAAUUUGCAGGACUCCUGCAAGACCAAUUACAUCUGCAGAUCUCGACUUGCAGAUUUUUUUACCAACUGCCAGCCAGAGUCAAGGUCUGUCAGCAGCUGUCUGAAGGAGAACUACGCGGACUGCCUCCUGGCCUAUUCGGGGCUGAUUGGCACAGUCAUGACCCCCAACUACAUAGACUCCAGCAGCCUCAGUGUGGCCCCGUGGUGUGACUGCUUCAACAGUGGGAAUGACCUGGAAGAGUGCCUGAAAUUUUUGAAUUUCUUCAAGGAUAAUAAAUGUCUUAAAAAUGCAAUUCAAGCCUUUGGCAAUGGCUCUGAUGUGACGGUGUGGCAGCCAGCCCUCCCGGUACAGACCACCACUGCCACCACCACCACAACCUUCCGGGGCCAGAACAGGCCCCUGGGGCCAGCAGGGUCUGAAAAUGAAAUCCCCACACAUGUUUUGCCACCUUGUGCAAAUUUACAGGCACAGAAGCUGAAAUCUAAUGUGUCGGACAGCACACAGCUCUGUCUUUCUGAUAGCAAUUAUGAAAAGGAUGAGCUCGCUGGUGCUUCCAGCCGCAUAACCACAAAAUCGAUGGCUGCGCUUUCAAGCUGCGGCCUGAGCCCACUGCUGGUUCUGGUGGUCACCGCUCUGUCUACCCUACUAUCGUUAUCUUUGGCAGAAACAUCGUAGCUGCGUUAAAAACAAAAAACAAAAAAAAAACAACAUGGACAUGUAAAAAGACAAAAAAAUGAAGUUACCUGUUUCCUAUCCUCUUGUAUAUCUGAAAAUCCAGUUCUAGGAGCUCAGUGGAGAAGCAGUUUCAUCCAACUGGAACUUUUUUUUGUUUAAAGAGAGCUUCUUGUGAUCCUUAGGGGCGUCUGUGGAAAACCUGAGGCAGUGCUACAUUCCAGACUCAAAAGGCUUUGCUUGGGGCAUGCUGUAUUUUAAGGGGACAGUUUGUAAACUUGACUGCAAAGUAAACUGGGGCCAUGUUUUUGAUGAUGAUGAUGAUGAUGAUGAUGGUGAUUUUAACAGUUUUAACUCUGGCCUUUACUAAAUGGAAAAGGAGUUAGUAUUUUUAAAGAUCCUUCCAUAUCUCAUGUAGUGGCUUCAAUUUCUAAUGACAUAAACUACAACCUAACAUGGAUGACAAGCUCUUAGGCCACAAAGUGAAAGUUCUCAUCCAGAGUGGAUACUGUGGAAAACAACUUGUACUGAUAUUCAUCUUUCUGUACAUACUAGCAUCUUGCGCACUGUUUGUGUAUUAUAAACGGUUCCAUGCUGUCAUACAAAAUGAGACACCUGUCACAUCCAAAUGUAUAAUCUUUUAGUCAAAAUAGGGAGAGUGGAUGUGAACCCUUGCAGUACCUUCCUCAUUGGUUGAUACUCUCCUACGCCUUACCUGAGUGAGAAGCCCUUAAGCUAACCAGAGUCAAAUAUAGCCGAAGCAACACUCUACUACUCUUUACAUUUACGAGGUUAUAUGUAGAAAAGAAAUUUUACUACUCAACGAUUUCAGCUAUUGGCUUUCUAUAUUUUGAAAGUAACAAUAUCUUCAUUUUUUACUGAUGGUUUAAUAUGAAAUACGUGGAGCUUGUGCUCCUCUCAGAAGUUGUGUUAGCUCCGAAAUUAACUUCACAAAUACAGCUCUGCAAAAGUAGACGCUGAGGAGCCCUAUGCUUAGCGGGACGCUUUGCGCCAUGUGGCUGUGAACGGGCAGGAGGAAACAGAACGGCCUGAGUUGUCUUUUGCUAUGUCUGGAAAUGCAAGUGAGCAUAUGUGGGAGGGAGCCAGGGGCCACUUGUGAUGGCACACAGCCUCUCUUGGCACCUUUGCCAGCUGACACAACCUGGUAUCUUGGAGCUAAUGGUUUCUGACAGAGGCAGCUUUGAUGGGGAUGGGAGAUGGAGAUGUGCCGCCCUCUCGUUCCAUCCAUGCCCAGGUGCACAGUUGUUUUCCUGAGGAUUGUCUUUACUCCCAGCUGUGACCUCUUGACUGCUGUUGAGAGCAGUUUGGUGUGCGGGUCAUCGGGAAUCAGCUUGCACCUUGUUCUGUUCUUCCCUGACAGACUGCGGCUGACUACGCAGAAAGGAAAGAAGGUUGGUGGGUUGAGAGGGUUGGUGUGACGGCUGGGGAGGCGAGUUGGUUGGCGCAGGCACACGGAACAGGGCAGGGCUGUGUGAUAAGGCAGCCGGCUUUGCCAGCUGCACGUGCUCUCCCUGUGUUCUCUUCCCCCAGCACGCAGACGCUCACGUGCACUUUUGAAGUCUGGUUUAGAGGGCGAGAUUCAGAAUCUGCAAUCAUCACAUACUAGUUUCUCUCACACUGAACGAAGAGUAGGUUCUUCCUCCAUAGGGUGCUGGAAGCAUGAGGUUUCCUCCCACGCUGCAGAGGCCCAGAGGGGGAGACCCCUGGUGUACAUUUCAUACCGAUCUCUUUGCUGGCUGAGCUUCUGUCUUGGAAGAUUCAACAGAUCCCUGGGGGAGGAGAAGUCUGCGAAAUCCAAGGGAAAGGCCUACUCUUUGGGCUGUUUUGGUGUUUGAAAUAUAUUUAUACCCAAAUGUUAAUAAACACGGAUGUAUAAUACUCAGUACCAACAUUGUUUUACCUGAGAAUGCUUUCAAGGUAAAUGCAUCAAACACCCAACUAUAUUUGAUCAGUGAAAAGUUCCAUGAAGACUCUUACUUUGAAUAAACACAUUGAAUGUAUUUAUUCAAAGUGACUCACAUUUGAAACAGCAGUCAUCUAUGAGAGCAUAUCUCUUACAGAAUAUAUUUUGUUUUAAUUAAGGUAUCUCUGAGUAUCUGUACUGGGCUAAUUGCAUAUGGGUCUGAUUCAGUGUGAUCCACUAUGAAAACUAUUGAUCACUUCUGCAAAAUCCACCAGCUCUAAUUAGCUUCAGAUAACCAAAGAAGAAAUGGGAAUUCUCAGUGCUAACAAGGGCAGCCUUCCUUGAAGAGUGUGUAGAUAUACAACAUACGAAUUAAAUCUUAAAACAGCUCUCUCCCCAACAAAGAUCUCAUUUUUUUCAGAGAUAACAGCAUAUUUGAUUUACCAAAUCCUCAAACUGAAAAUGAGUGACUGAAUACAUAAACGGGAAAUAUCUUGUUCAGGAACAACUUGCGAAAGAGAUUGUUGUAAAACUAAGCCAAGCGAGUGGUGCUGUCAUUUGGAUUGAUCUCGUUUUACCUUGGUGAUCCUGAAACAGCAUUAUUUUCCCCAGGACUAGAAGAGAGAGAAAUUAUUGCAAUCUUUUACCUAACUUCCUCUUGGGGUGCUUACAAGCAAAAAGCGAUUGACUACUUCCUGUCCUUCAGUCCCUGCACUUCAGGUGACACAAACACAGGGGCUAUCUGUUAAUGUCACGUCUCUUACAGGAAACACCUAUGGUGGUUGAUUUUGACAACAAAAAAUAGACAUUUAUAUCAAUGGAGACCAUGACUGUCAGAUCAGAUCUACCCAUACCCUACUUAUUUCAGAGAGAGAGAGAGAGAGAGAGAGAGAGAGAGAGAGAGAGGAAAAAGGGGCAAUAUUGCCACAAUGAUUAGAAGCACAUUCAUUUCACUUUGAUGUUGACUAUCUCUGACCGAUAUCUAGUUGAGGAUCUUUUGAGCAGAGCACAUGAAGGAAGAACUGCACAAUAUAGAGAGGGAAUUCAGAAUGUCAGCUGAAUAUUUAUUUUUCCAUAUGUAUUUUUUUUCAGCCCUCUAAAAGAAAAAAAUAGAAGUUGAAAAUGACAUAGGUUAUUUUUUAAGUAUAUUAGCAAACUGUAUCUAGAGCAUUAAGAGUGGGGUUUCUAUUUUAUUUUUUUUUUUAAACAACUCUUUAUCUUAUAAUAAAAAGUGUCUGGGCUUCAAGUUCAAGUGACGGCGUCAAGUUUAUCCAGUAUCAGCCAGGGCUUCUCCGGGGCUGCUGUGGCCUUCAGUUUGGUCUGUCCCGGGACGAUUUCUGUCUUGCGCAAGCUCUGAGGCUGGGGCUCCUGCACCUGCAUCCCGUUUCGUACAUCUCUCUUUGUCUUUCAGUCAGACACUCCCAAACACUCCAUCUGGUGAAUUAGGAAAGUGGGAAAGUGGAAGCAGUUUUAAGUCAGUGUAAAGUGCUUGGGAAAAGGGAGGUAAGAGCAGCGGGAGUUUACAUAAUUAGCAAAUUCUUUUCUUAGAAUCCAGCAUAAAUAUAUUGCAGUUAUUAUCUACAAAAUAGUGGCCUCCGAGGAGCUGUCUUUUGGAAAAUAAGUUUUCAUUCAUGUAGUUAGACACAUGUGACUUAUUUGAGUCAAUAAACUGUAGACCAGAAAAGGGCCACUUGAAUGAGUUCAUACUAGCUAAUUCUCUUCCAGUGCUGUUCCUGAUCUCGUGGAGUCAUACCUCCACGGUCUCUGUUGCCUUUGCUUCUCCCCUUCGCUGAAGCAAAUGAGACCAUGGGAAGCCCAUCUUUGUGCCAAACACUAGAGGCUGUGGCAACAGAUGGGAGUGAAUUGCCAUUGGCCCGGGCACCAUGGCAGCAGAAGGCCCAUCUGCGCUGAGCUUGGAGAGUUUGGAGUGACAAAGCCAAGUCAAGGUGCAACAAGAGGCCAUGUACCAUAGGCCAAUGGGUCUUGCUGUCUUCUCAUGUCUCCUGGUGAGCAGGACAGGAGCCGUCACCUAACAAAGCAUCCAGAGUUCCUUGAAAUAGGCAGUGGUUCCUUUACAGCAAGGCAGCCAGAGCUACUGGUAAUUUAUGGAUGACAGAGAAGGAAUUUCUUUUUAGAAAUUCGAAAGUGAAAUGGCUGGGGAUUUGGUUGGACACCCUUAGAAGCUACGUUUUUCUCUUAUCCUGAGACAGAAAUCCCAUGUAUAUAUUUGACACCUCUUGACUCUGACACAGCUUUUCUUCUUGAGUGACCAUUUGUUUUAAGUUUACUGUCUAGGAUUCGUCUUGAGAAUUGUACCUUUGAUUAAUAUUCUCACUGCAGAGGCCUUAAGUCUGUGGGCUUUGCAAACCCCAGUAUGUAUUCUGUAGCAUGGUUUUUUUUUUGCUCCAGGAUAGCUGUCUUGCCAUAUUGACUGGUUCGGCUCCCUUUUGUAUUGGUUAUGGAAUCUCUACCGUCACCCUUGUUCUUUACUCCUAAGUAUUUAGCAGGGUCCCUUCCUACCCAUUCUUCAUCCUAACUGCUAUAAGUUUAGCACUAGCCAAGGUCAUUUUUGUUCCACCAGAUGCCCACUUCAUUAAAGAAGUCUCUCUCAGGAGCCAGAUGAUCCAAAGAUGACACUAAUACUCACAGCAGAAGGUCACCCCCUACCUGUGCCCCGAGCUCUUCCUUCCUUGCGUUGGGCUUUAGCCUGCUGCGUCCUCCCCAGGAAACUCUUUGUCUCUCCCUGUGUUCUCAGAUGAGCUUCUCCUCUUUCCAGAGGCAGCUUGGGGUGGUUGCUCAGCGGGAUGAGCCACCUGCGCUUCUGAUGGCUCUGAGACCCAGCCCAGAGAGGCGGGGAAGGCACACAGACCCGAUUUGAGUAAACUGACUGCAGAGCACCGCAGCCUGUUAUAGUCACUGAGGCCUCAGCCCCCUAAGGUCUCCAAACUCAUUUGACCAGCGCAGCUGCGACUUCGGCUGUUUGCCUCUGGCAGGUGCCAAUAUCAGCAUCCUGUCCCACUGCCAUGGGGAGUUUAUUUUUGCUCGAGGGCGGUUGCCAAGCCCAGCACCCGCAUCAAUGGAAGGUUUUCUCUGAUUUCCUUCUCUUCCUUACAGGCUGGGCUUUCUUACCAGGCCCCAUUUUUGUGUUGCGGAGGGUGUCAGGAGGCUGCCCAGACACUGUCAGCUUCCUCCUUGGUCCUGACAUCUCUUGCUGCUCACCAGCCUUCCCUAGCAGACAGCAUGCGCAUAGCAGGCGUUUGAGAAAUGCUAGUUGUGUGAAAUCACCGGCACAUCAAAAGACUUCAUUCUCUCCAACAGUGAUGGAAUCUGGCCCAGUUGUGUAGUUGUGCUGUCACUGAGCUUUAUUGACACUGAAUUUGUCCCCCUGAGAUGUGGAGGGUGAGCUGGGGAAAAAGGUCUAAGGAGUGCUCAGAUCACAGCAACUGUAAAUCUGCUCGCUGUGCUUCCUGCCGAGAGACAAAAAGCUAGCACUUGUCCCUGAGGACCCGAGCACGACCAGCCAGUCCCAGCAGCUCUCCACGUUUGCCAGACCAGUGAGUCUGCAGAGAUUUUAAUCUGCCUCAAGCACAGGACGCAGGUAAGAAAGCUGGACCACUUCGUGAGUCCCAGAUCACUCCCAGGGAUGAUAGUCUCUCCGUUAGUGUCCUGAAAAGAGAGUCAAAUGCUGAUCAAUUCAGCACUUAUGUUGAAGAAUUACUCUGGCUGGAUGAGCCAUCACUUACAGCUGAAGCUUUCCCACAAGUAAUGUGAGACCAUUGAGUCCUUUGACGCCAGUUUCCCCAAAAUUGGGAAACACUUAUCUUUCCAGGUUGACAAAAUCCUUCAGUUUGGCAUCCUUUUUUUUUAUAUAAAGAGUCUAUGAACCGUUUUUCUGACCCAGUCUGGAGUUAAAUUCCAGGCCCCGUGAGUACAAGAGCAAACCCAGUUCCCCCACAACGGAGAAGGCAAAUCCAGUUUCCUUCAGCCUAAUGCUAAGCAUCCAUUGCAGCAACCCAAGUGAAGAGCGCAAGCAUCGCUUCUCGAGACACUAGCGGGCUGUGACCUUGGCCUCACAGGGGAACCUGGGGAACUGUUCUGGAGUCAGGGAGCAGCCAUGGUGCAGUUGGGACUGAGACACUGGAACUGCUGUAGCUGAGAGGAGCACGCAGCAGGAUUCAUUCAAAAGAGCAAAGCUUGGAAUGUGCAGUGACCCCCAGUGCCCACCAGACAUAGCAUAGAAUGAGGAUGAAGAAUUACAAAUAUCCAGUAGACGGCCCAGUUUAUAAACCCCAAGGACUUUAGAAGUCAGUAGAGUUUGGUCCGGAGGGCCAGGUCAAGGUGAUGAUUGCAGGACUGGGUGAAGGUCUGGGCCUUCCAGCACACUAGCAUGUAAGGCUCAGUCAACAAAGCCCCGCUUCCCCUCUGCUGUUCCCCACUCCCUUCCUUCCUUCCUUCCUUCCUUCCUUCCUUCCUUCCUUCCUUUCUUCCUUCCUUCCUUCCGUCCUUCCUUCCACCCUUUCUUCCAUGUCCUCUCUACACCCUCUCCCACAGGGCUGUAUGAUCCAGCAUUAUCUUCCUGGUGUACAAAGUGUGCUCGAUCUGGAAUUUGGGCUCUUACUGUUUCACUUUAGCCGAAGGCAUUUCUGAAAUAUGAGUGGAAAAAGAGAGUGGAAAUCCCAGAACCGGAUCACAGACUGGCCUGUCUUAUUUGGCUGUGGUCUUCCUGUAAUCAGGCACUUCUGAUGCGCUCUUCUGGAAUCAGAAAUAGCUGAUUGUCCUGAGAGGAUUGAAGAGAUGGUUUCAGAAACCUGAAAUCCAGGGCCUUACAGUUCUCCUAAUUAUCUGUUUUUUCUCUUCUUCUCCCUUCCAUCCCCCAAGGGAGUGGGGAAACACUUCUCACCAUGGAGCCCACUUGAAAGAGUUUUCCCAUCUUAUGUGUAUUAUCCCUUGAUAUUGAAAUUAUUUUCUCUGUUUAAUCCAACUCCCACUGAGAAGCUGUGUGAGAUUUAGGAUGGAAGAUUUUUUUUUUUGUACUUCUGGAAGGCGUUGCAUUUUUUUACUCUUAACUCGAGGGUAUGUCUCAGCUGCCUUUCUAUUUCAUGAGGUUACCAAUACAGGUGAAAUGAAAGAAAUCUUCUGAUUUGGGGGGUAGUUUAGAAUUCUGCCCUGGGUAAGAGGUCCAGAGACCCAAGCAACUCAGAGCUGUAGCUGAGAGGGCAGAAGGAGCUUUGUGGAGGAGCAUCCAUUGGGAGAGGCGUUUCCCCCGGAUCUGCGUGCUCCAUUGUGUUCCGGGGUCUUCGCCCGCGGAGGACGGUGCAUUUUUCUCACGUCUGUGUAUCUGGUUUCCGAAGGACGCGCGCUUGUGUUUUCCCAGGGUUAUUCCUGCACCUCUUCCUCACACAGCUGUUUGCAACAUGCUUUCUUGCCAACAUCCACAGAAGAACACCUACAUGUAGAAGUACAAGUUUUGCUGUCUGGACUUUGGAAGUGGUUUUGUGAUGUUUGAAUUUUCUGUUAGCGCGUUGCUCAAGCACUACAGAGUGUAUGCAGUCCCUUUGGCCAUCUCUACCCCAGAAUAUCGUAAUAAACAGUUUUCUUUUUCUAAAAAAAAA